UUUUAGUUUCGAUGUCAUCAAACGAUGACAUGUUAAUGGGGAAAGUCGAGCAGCAAGGAAAAUAUGGAAACUUUUCUUCUGCAAGUAGCCACUCGUUACCAUCACUGGAUUUAAUAUCACCAAUCGGAAAGAUAAGGCAGAGAGAGCCAGGACCCAUCACUUCAACUCCUCGUAUAAGUGUCACCAUCCGACCGGAUCACAUAUAUCGAUCAAAUUGUUUCCGCAAAUUAUCACACAUUCAUGAGGACACUGCAUUAUCUCCUGAUGAAAAGGAGCCAUCAGCAAAAUUAUCUUCAGCGGAGAAUAUUUCCACCAGUAGUGAAAAAAAUAUUAAUUCGACUGGAAGACUUGACCGAAGUCGCAGUAUUCUUAGUAGUGUUGUAGCCUCGCCUUUGGAACGCGAGAAAAAGAAAAAACAAGGUCGGCAGAUUGCUGUGACGAAAGAUCUUCAUGAGAAGCGAAAAAUUGCAUGGGGUGAUGCUGUUCUGGCUGCACGUGUACCGGAAAUUGCAAGCCUAAAAAAUUCGUUGACUGAUGAUAAAAUACUUGCUAGUUCAAUACAAGUUAGUGCAGCAGACUGCAUUAGUAACAUGAAUAUCAGCAACCGAAGCUCUACAGGCAGUGAAACGGAACUGUUUAAGGACGAUAAAAAAAUGAGUAGCCGCAACUCAACCGACAAUUCAAAAAUAAAAGAAAUACAGGAAAUCCUGCCAACGAACAUGGCGAUUAGUACGCAAUGUAUCAUUUCAUUGGAAGCUGCAGUUGUUAAUGCGAAUAGCUGUUCGUCAUUUCGAGACGAAAAAGAAAACAUACCCAUGCCGAAAUUAUUGAAUGAAAUUGAAGAUGUAACUACAUCAAUUAGCUCGAAUGAUGGUUCCGUUUAUAUCAGUAGCGUAAAUUCGUCGAUUGAAGUAUUGGAUAACAUGGAAGAAAGUGUUCUAAUUACCACAAAUAAACUUGCCGCAGUAUCAAUUCAUGAUGUUUCUGAAGAUGAUAUCCAAAUUAUUAGUCAUUUAUCUCCGUCGCAUCUCACUUCAACGUCAAGACCUGCACAGAAAAUUCCAGACACCUUAUCGAAAAUAGAAUUGAAAACGCAGUUGGAAAAUUUGAAGAGUCUCAAACGAAGCGCGAAUUUAUCAAAAUUACCAGACUGCGGUAGGCGAUUAUUGGAAAAAAUUAAAAUAUUACAAAAAAAUUAA